UUUAAAUCAAAAUACACGUAAUCAGCCAACAGGCCAGUACACAGCGUCUUUGUCACACAGGAUGCCCAGUGCAUUGGCUGUAUCAUGAUGUAAGUUCUCAUUUGCCAUAGUAUAAUAAUAAAUUGCCAGAAGGCCCCUCCUUGUGACCUUUGGAUUUUUUUUUUUACUUUUGCUAAACCAUCGCAGACGGUUCUAUCCUUCUCAUCUCAACCACAGGCAAAACAUCACACAAAUAUGUGUUAUCCCUGGAUCACGCUGCUUCUGUUCCUGUCAGGAGGGAGGGCGUUCAUGAUCCACAACACCAAGCGCAGCCUGUGCCUGGAGGACUCGGCGUCCACGGGGGAGGUCCUCCUGAGGACGUGCGACCUGGCCUCGCCGGCCCAACAGUGGGUCUGGCUGCACGAGGGCGCGCUGAUGAGCGUGGCGUCCUCCAGGUGUCUGUCGGCGCAGCACGCGACCGCGGUCCGGACGCGGCCGUGCCAGGGGCCGGGGGCGGAGGCCGCGGCCUUGGCGUGGGACUGCGACGCCAACAAGCUGAUCAGCAGGAGCACGUCCGCGGUGCUGUCGGCGGACGGCCGCCGCCCGACUCUGGGCCGCGUCGGUAGAUACUCGAAGUGGAGGUCUCUGGAGGAGGGAGACAUCUGCCAGGACCGACUCAGACUGAAGAGGGCGUCGGACGAGCCCGACGAGUUUGAGGCCGCACCGGAGCAGAGAGGCGCCGUGGCGGCCAUGACAGAGGAGCAGAGAGAGUACCUGCUGUGGUUGUACCGCACGGAGGAUCCAACCGUAUGGAAUUUGGUGCUUCUGGGAGUGUCCUUCAUCUUCCUCCUUGUUGGUUUCCUACUUCUGGGAAUGGGAGUCAUGGCCAGCAAGAACAGAAAGAAGAUAGCCAAGUACAAGGCGGCCGCGUCUCUGACUCACAGGAGUGAAGGCGAGGCGCUGAAGAUGCUCGCAGGCAACAACUGCAGCAAAGCGCCGGCCUCGCCCUCGGCCCGCGGGCUUCAGCACGGAAACAGCCUCCCCGCGGGCGACGGCCGGAUAGGCGAGCUCCAGGCGGGAAACAUCGUUGUCCUGUGGAAAGACGGCAGCACCUCCUGUCUGUACUCAGACCCCUCGGAGCCGGCGGAGAAGCAAGCGGGAGGCGAAGGAGAGGAGAAGCAGGAGGAGGAGGAGGAGGAGGAGGUGACGGCGGCGGAGGCUGAGGACGAUGGAGCGAAGGCGACGGAGUAGGAAGAAUGCAGCAUGUGAAUAACCCCACUCGCUGCUGUUUUAGCACAGUGCUAACAUCAGCAGCCCUGAUUGUUGAUACUGUGACGCACUGGAUCUUAUUAGGGUGACAAUAAAUUUGUUCAAAUGUG